AUGGGACACCUCAUCACGGUCGCAACCUGCUCGCUCAACCAGUGGGCUCUGGACUUCAAGGGAAACCUCGCAAGAACUCUCGAGAGUAUUCGCAUCGCGAAGGAGCGCGGUGCAACUCUUCGCAUCGGACCCGAACUCGAGAUCACUGGAUAUGGCUGCGCGGAUCAUUUCUUGGAAGGUGACACUUAUCUUCACUCUUGGGAGGUCCUCGGACAGAUCCUGACCUCCAAGGAAGCCGAAGGAAUGCUACUGGACAUUGGAAUGCCAGUAAUGCACAAGAAUGUAAAGUACAACUGCAGGAUCAUCAUCCAGGACUGCAAGAUCCUCUUGAUCCGCCCCAAGAUGUUUAUGGCGAACGACGGCAACUACCGGGAAUUGAGAUGGUUCACACCUUGGGCCAAGCAGCGAACUACCGAGGAGUAUUACCUCCCUCGUAUGAUUCAAAAGAUUACUGGACAGAUUACCAUUCCAAUUGGAGACGCUGUCAUUGCGACUCAUGAUACCUGUAUUGGUGUUGAGAUGUGUGAGGAGCUUUUCACUCCCAACAGUCCUCAUAUAGGCCUUUCGCUGGAUGGAGUGGAGAUCAUUACGAAUAGCAGUGGAAGUCACCAUGAGUUGCGCAAACUUCACACUCGCGUCGAGCUCAUCAAGGAAGCAACACUCAAGAGCGGAGGAAUUUACUUGUAUGCAAACCAGCAAGGAUGUGACGGCGACCGACUGUACUACGACGGAUGCGCACUUAUUUUGGUCAAUGGCGAGGUGGUGGCUCAAGGAUCGCAGUUCUCGAUCGGAGAUGUCGAAGUCGUAACUGCGACUAUCGAUCUGGAAGAUAUUCGCUCCUUCCGAUCUACAUGCAGUCGAGGCAUCCAGGCUGCCAGCAGCCCCAGUUACCGCAGGAUUCAGGCCAAUAUGGCACUUUCGGAUGGUCGUCUCGAGGACAACCCUGCGAUCCUUCCUACCAUUGUCAAACCCGCGUUCUAUCAUACCCCCGAAGAAGAGAUCAGUCUGGGACCAGCCUGCUGGCUUUGGGAUUACCUCCGCCGGUCCAAGACAAGUGGAUUCUUCUUGCCGCUGAGUGGAGGUAUCGACAGUUGUGCGACUGCCACGAUUGUCGCGUCCAUGUGUCGGUUGGUUGUCAAGUCCUGUGCCAAGGGCGAUAAGCAAACCAUUGCGGACGCGCGUCAGGUCACUGGAGAGACUGCCGAGACGGGAUAUAUCCCUACUGAUCCUCAGGAGUUCGCCAGCCGUAUCUUCCACACAUGCUACAUGGGAACCAAGAACUCGUCCAAUGAUACUCGUGCCAGAGCCAAGGAGCUCGCCGAGAGCAUCGGAAGUUACCACGUGGAUUUGAACAUGGACACAGUGGUAGCGGCCCUACAGGCGCUCUUCACACUCGUCACAGGAAAGACGCCCGCAUUCCGAGCACAUGGAGGUUCAAACGUCGAGAACUUGGCCCUGCAAAAUAUCCAGGCCCGUCUCCGUAUGGUCAUUGCCUACAUUUUUGCCCAGCUCUUGCCCUGGGUCCGUGGACGCCCUGGGUCCUUGCUCGUCCUCGGAAGUGCCAACGUCGACGAAUGUUUGAGAGGAUACUUCACAAAGUAUGAUUGCUCGAGUGCAGAUAUCAACCCUAUCGGCGGUAUCAGUAAAUCCGACCUGCGCCGAUUCAUCGCCUACGCCCAACUCGCCUUCAACAUGCCCAUCCUCGAAAGCUUCCUGGAUGCGACGCCGACUGCAGAGUUGGAGCCGAUCACAGAGAACUAUGUGCAAGCGGAUGAAGUGGAUAUGGGUAUGACCUAUGACGAGUUGACCGAGUUUGGCCGUCUGCGCAAGGUCUACAAGUGUGGACCCUACAGCAUGUUUACCAAGCUCGUUCAUCUCUGGAGCGACAAGCUCGAGGUUUCUGAGAUCGCGGUGAAAGUGAAGAGGUUCUUCUUUUACUACUCGAUCAACCGGCACAAGAUGACGACCCUCACGCCAGCAUACCACGCAGAAUCUUACAGUCCCGAUGAUAACCGGUUCGAUCUCCGGCCCUUUUUGUACAACGCCUCGUGGUCCUGGCAGUUUGAAAAGAUUGAUCGGACCGUUUUGGUCUUGGAGAAGGAACAAGAGGAGCUCAAAAGGCACAAGUAA